AUGGAUGAUUCAAUUAUACAAAUUUUGGAGGACCCUGGAAUAGUUCAUUAUAAACAAUACUGGUUAAAAGUUCCGAAAGGCACGAUUCAAGAUGAGAUAUUAUCAAUAUUUGCAUUUGGUAGAUACAAGGAUUUGAGUACACACAGACUUGACCUGACCGAUUUGAUGCGACAAAAAUUACAAAAAUUGACUAUUAUAUCGAUCAUGUGCGAUUCGAAGAGGAAUAGUGAUCUUCCUUAUUCUAUUUUUAUGAAGGAAUGUGAGAUAGAGGAUGUGAGUAUUUUGGAACGGUAUUUGAUCGAACUGCAACCAUUGAUUCGAUGUCGAAUAGAUCAAGUGAAUCAAACGAUAAGUAUUGUUGAAUGUUUAGAUUGUAGGGAUAUAUAUUGUAAUGAGAAACCAUUACCAGAAUUAAGUCAGGUACCUAUAACUAAGAAUAAACUAAUUGAAAAUUUAAGAUGUUGGAAAUCUAAACUUCAAGAUGACAUUUUAUGA